UCCACAGCCGCUAGUUGGCUAACAGCAUCGACCCAAACCAAAAGAGGAGCCUUUCUUUUUUUUUUUUUUUUCCCCCGGCUCGUCCAGGAGAGUUGUUUCUUUCCUUUCACCUGGCACAACGCACGUACUCAACCUCGCUUUACGGUGUGUGUGUGGGGGGGGGCACAAAUAAUCCAACUGAAGGCGUUGUAAAGAGAGAGAGGGGAUCGAGCCUGCGAGCUUUGUUACCCAACUCCGCGCAUACGUAGUUUUAGCUAGCUCGGCAAGCUAACUGCGCUAGCUCGAGAAUAAAAAAAUAAAAAAAAGGAAAAAGGGAGGCCCGUCGAGUUUGACCGCUUUAUUAAUUACUGCUUGGAUCGGAACCUCUUCGCACACCCACAGAGGAACACCGAGAGAGGAACACCGAGAGAGGAUGGCUCUGAAACGGAUCAACAAGGAGCUUAGUGACCUGGCUCGUGACCCACCAGCACAGUGCUCAGCCGGCCCAGUGAGCGAUGACAUGUUUCACUGGCAAGCCACAAUCAUGGGACCUAGCGACAGUCCAUAUCAGGGGGGAGUUUUCUUCUUGACAAUUCAUUUUCCAACAGACUACCCCUUCAAACCACCCAAGGUUGCAUUUACAACAAGAAUUUACCACCCAAAUAUUAACAGUAACGGCAGUAUCUGUCUGGAUAUUCUCAGAUCACAGUGGUCUCCUGCACUUACUAUUUCUAAAGUUCUUCUCUCCAUUUGCUCACUCCUAUGUGACCCAAACCCCGAUGACCCACUAGUGCCAGAGAUCGCACGAAUCUACAAAACAGAUAGUCAGAAAUACACCAGAACAGCAAAAGAAUGGACAAACAAAUACGCAAUGUGAUGGCAUCGUUUGGAAAGCUGGUGGAAAAAUGUCGCUGUUUGGUUCAAACAAAAAAAAUCCGGGAUUUUCUUUUUUCUUUUUCACUUUUUAUUUCUUUUCUUUAUUUUAUUUUUUUUAAAAAUCAGAGCAUUUUACCUCCUCCCAUCCCUCCCUUCUAUCCCUCCCUCCUCCCUUUACCACCUGCGCGCUCAUAAGAAGAUAGUGUUUUCUCUCUAGGACACGUGCCAGUUUCUGUGAAGUUUCUACUCCGGUUUAUUUUUUUUUUUAUGGAGUUUAAAAAAAUACAAAAAAAAAACAAUCACCAUGGUUCUGAACACUUGUUAGAGCAUGCACCAGUAAGAGUUAUUUCAACCCAGGAAUUGGUGAUGUUAAUCAUUUUACUCUGCACACACUUAGUAGAAUCUGAUGCGACUGGUCUCCCGACGCCGAACCAUUACAAUCGACCCCACGAUGAUCCAGUGUGUUACACCCCGGCCGGAUCCCGUGGGGUUGAUAACUUACUGGAUUUCUCGAGAGCACUUGUAGAGAAGCCUGUCUUUUGCCGUACUACUAAAUUCAGAAUUUUUAAAAGGUUUCAAAUUGGCAAAAAGUCUGGUGCAUUUUAUUUGAAGGUGGUUAAAAAAAAAAAAUUCAGAAAACUAAAGGGGGAGGAGGGAGGGGGAUGCCAAUUCUCUGAAAGAUUUUGUGGGAAACUGGUUAGUGGCUCCUGUAUCUGCCUCCUGGUCUGAUGGCAGUUACGUUCUUCUGAUCAUUAGUAUAGGAAUCUAUUACCCGAGGAAAAGAAGUGUAUCUUAUUCCACUAUCAAAAGUGUGUGUACAGAGAAGCACAGCAGUAUAUAUCAAUGUUAAGGAAACAAAAUAUAAGAACUUCAAUGUUGUAUUUUAUGCAUGUUAAUAAAGGUAGGCUAUUAUAUCUGAUAUGUUUCUGCAGAAAUUAAGUGGAUUGUAAGGCUGGACGUUGGAAAAAAUUUGGUUCCCCUCAAAGGCUUUCUAUUUCUUUUUUGUUAUUUAGAAGCCAGUAGAUGAGCUAUUAGUUUUAUGCCCACUCGAACACUGUCUUCUUGUAGCCCUAAGAUAUUGAUGCAAAGCUAAUGGUUGAUAAUCAACUUGUGGCUCUUGUUUCUUUUUACUUUUCCCUUCAAUAAAGUUACUUAAACCAUAA